AUGGCACGGUUACGAACGGCGUGUUUUAUGAUCCACGCGUCCGUAAGCGUGCGCGCGCGCGCGCUGCUGGCGUUCCUUUCUAGCGGCAAAAGCUGGCAAAACCAUCGUGAUAAAGGAACGCAGCCGCAGGGAACGCCGCCGAUGCUGAAAGCCUCCAGUUGUACAAAAACGUUCGGUGUACUUUUACUCCGAAAUUUUGCACGACGCGAGCAACGUUUAUUAAAUCAUUAACCGUAUAACUGACGGAAAAGUGAACACGUUUGUUAGUUGGGAAGAAGAACUCUUGAGAAAAAUGUUCAACCUCGACUGGGGUUUCCACUUCAUUUCGGACGAAUAUGGA